UUUAUUUAUUUAUUUAUUUUUCUUCUUCUUUUUCUCUUUGUGGUAUUAAUUAAAAACUAACAAUAUCAUGUCUGAUCAUCCAGGACAAGAAUUAUUAUCUUCAAGUACAGACAAAGUGCCUUUUUUCAAGAAAAGGACGACAAAGAAUAUCCGGAAAAGACAAAAAUCACCUGAUCGCAGCACAAGUAUACAACGACAGGAUGAUGACGACGAUGACAUUGUAUCUGAAGUGAUUACCAAAGAACGCAAGACAAUCAAAACCCCAUUUGUACAAAGCACAAGACGACGACAACGACGGCAAGAUAUCGAAGAAGAUGAAGAUGAUCAAAAUGGAUUUGGAGAUCAAUACAAAGCAGAUCGGUCGGCCACACUGAAAAAGGAUGAUGCUACACGAUAUACCACAGAAUAUGAACUUGAUGCUGAAGCUUUAGAUGCCAUGACAAGUGCGAUCAAUGCAGGAAAAGCCAAGAGAAAAGCACAAGACAAUAAACAAGUCAAGAAUAGUAAAAUGCAAGUCGGUCCUCAAAAAGCACCUGCCAAUUUGCGUGUCACUGCUCGUUUCGAUUAUCAACCAGAUAUUUGUAAGGAUUAUAAAGAAACUGGAUUCUGUGGUUAUGGUGAUUCUUGUAUCUUUUUACACGACCGUGGUGAUUAUAAAUCCGGAUGGGAAUUGGACAAGGAAUGGGAAGAAGCACAAAAGAAUAAGACUGGUGGUGGAAAGAAAGAUCAAUAUGCUAUAUCGGAUGAAGAAUCAGAUGAAGAAGUUCCUUUUGCUUGUCUGAUAUGUCGAAAAGAAUUUGUAAAUCCUGUGGUAACCAAGUGUCAACAUUACUUUUGUGAAUCAUGUGCAAUCAACAACUACAAAGUAUCUUCGAAAUGUUAUGCAUGUGGUGCUCCAACAAAUGGUGUCUUCAAUACAGCUAAAAAUAUUCUGGAAAAAUUACGACUCAAACAAGAACGGAAACAAAAUCAAGCAGAUGAAGACAAUGCUAUCGAUCAUGCUUUGGAUGGAAUUGAAGGAUUAGAAACUAGAAAUGACGAUGAUAGUGAUGAUGAUGAUGAUGAUGAUAGUGAUGAUGAUGACGAUGAUAGUGAAUAGGUGUGAUUAAAUUUAGUCAAUAGAUCUUCUUUUUUAUGAAUAAAGAAUUUUUUUUUUGAUGAAUU